GCCUUUUUGGUCCUAAAAAAGUGCCCCGGGAUUGGGGUUUGUUAACUGACGGAAAACCAAUUGGGGGCUUUCUGAUGAUAGGUACGAGCGGCAUGUAGGACGCAUCCGACGACGGCGGAACGUGAUAAAUUACACCGCUGGAUGCUUAAUCAUGGCGAUCUUCUGGCAAAGGGCAUCUUCCGAUUGGGAUCCAGCGUUGCCCCUAUUCGAUAAGAUGUGCAUCGUCCAUGGUCCCUACGCGCUCGCGUACUUCAACGUCUUCACGGCCCUCCUCAUCUCCUGCACACAAACCGGCCCCUGGGUCUCCCGCUUCAACGCUUUCUUCCUCUUCCUCUACGUCACCGCCACAAUCUGGCUCAUCAACGUCCCCUUCAUUCACUACACUCCCAGCCGGGCCGCCUUCUCCCUCGCCGGGCCGGGCGAGGCGGCCCUCACGGCGGUGGCGAUGCGCUCGGUGAAUUGCAAGUGGAUGCAUAAGGCGGUCGUCACGGUGCUGUAUAUUUUGGGUGUGAGGACGAUUGUGACGGCGCUCUGGCACACGGAGGAUUUUGUGAAGGGGGGGUAUCAGGUGCCGUUGCAGCUGAUAUUUACGCAGUUGGUUACGUUGUUGAAUGAUGAUCGGAGACGAACGAUACAGGAAAAGAAAGAUUUUGUGCUCUUAUACCAAUCCAACCAGAACAAAAUCCUGAAUAAGCUCAGCCCGCGGAAGGCCAAGGGGAACUUAGUACGCCCGGUAUCGAUCCUCCGCACGGAAAAGAUGCGUGGGGCGAAUGGGUAUCACCAUGGUGAAAGCAGCCGAAAAGUGCUAUCAUUCGACAAUCACAACGACAACAACAAGGAGGAGGUGGAAUCGGCCGCCGUGGAACAGCAGGACGAGGCUGAAAAGUCUCGAUUUGAGAGCAGUCGCUGGAAAUCGAUAUUUGUUCUGGAUACACUAUCUGCUGCGAAGAACAGCAGCAAGCUACGGGAUAUCCAUGAACUAGGGUCCGCGAACGGCGAUACCCCCCACGACGCGUUUCGCACAAGGGCCAGGAACGCGUUGAAAUCCCUCUGGUCCACAAUCAAAGUCCUCGUCCUCCAUUUCUGCUGGCAACAGUUCCCCGCCUCCGAAUGGGAAUCCAAGUACGCCACCUUCAGCUCUAGAAUCUCCCAACGCCAACAACAAUUCGUCUUCCUCUCCACCGGCGUCUCUAGCGUGCUCUCCGCCUCGGGCGAGUACUACCUCACCCGCACAAUAACACCCUGGCUUUACCACAUGUGGAUCACCGUCCCCCUCGGGUGCGCCCUCGCCGCCGCCAUCAAAGAACUGCCCUGCCUCGGGCCCGCCCACCCCCGCCGCGAGCAACUCAGCUGUAUCAUCCUCGGCGCCCCCCUCGAGAUCGGCUUGGCAUUCAUCGUCGUGGAAACGUGGAAGCUGUGGGACGACAACUACGAAACGUCGACGGAUCUGUAUGGGCUGAUGGCACCGCUGGUCAGCGUGUUCCUGCUGCAUAUCAAUUUCAUAUUGUCGCGAGGGACGCUGCAGGGACUGAGGGGACCGUAUUCGAUGGCGGUUCUGGCGAUGGAGACGUGUGUUGCGGUUGGCGCGAUGGUGUUUAGUGGGGCGAGGUAUAUGCUGCAGCUGUAUAUGUCGGCGAUUUUGCUGACGGCGGCGAUUGUGGCGCAUGGGGAGGCCGAGCUUCGAAAACACUUCAUAGUCAACCAAGCCCUGAACCCCACCAUCCAAUCCCGCGCCAGCAAAUGCAUGUUUUCCCACCGAUGUGUAGCCGGCCGUGACGACGACGAUGCGGACGGCGACGACCCAGCGGCAUCCACGCCGCCGGUGAGCGCCACGCUGCAGCAUCUGAUGAGCAGUGUUGUGCCUGCGGAGUGGCCGGCGGUGGCUGCGGGGGGAGGCGGGACGGCGGUGCUCCCGGAGAUUGUGAGUCGGGACGAGGAGCAGGGGGAGGAGGGGAGGGAGGUGGCGAGUGUGGGAGGGAGUGGGGAGGGCUGAUCGAGUGUUUCGCCCGUGAGGUUUCCCGAUUGAAUCCUUACAAGAAAGGGUUAGACUCCCCCGUUUCUGAUACUUGCUGACCUUCCGCCUCGAUAGCUGUGUAUGUGUAUAUAGAAUAAUAGUAGUAAGGGUCAAUUGAGUCGGACAAUGGCUCACGCACCUGGUCGUUGGGUUUCCCCAUUACGGGGUCUGAAGAGCCCUCGACAUCUGCCGUAGCUGAGAACCGUACUGUAUCAGCCGUCGUGCCGUUAAGUUGCACUUUUUUUCUGCGUCCGCAGCCAGUGAGGCGAGAAUCAUUUUCCACCUUCCCAACCCCGACUCUGAGCAACUUCCCAUGUUUG